AUGGUGUGGUUGUGUGUAUGGGUGGGUGGGCGGCAGCAGGUGGACGGGCAGCUGUACUGCCCCGCGUCGCCGCUGCCCCCCGGCGCCGCACGCGACGCGCCCGCCGCGCAGUCCAGCGACAAGCUCAAGACAUCUGGUGAAGGAAUCACUAAUGAUUCCUUAACAUGUUGGAAAAAAAUAGAAAAUUUAAAGAGCUAA